GUGACGUGCUUACAGGACUUCUUUGGUGAUGAUGAUGUCUUCAUUGCAUGUGGGCCUGAGAAAUACCGGUAUGCUCAGGAUGACUUCGUGUUGGAUCACAGCGAAUGCCGUGUUAUGAAGUCAUCUUAUUCCCGAUCAUCUGGCAUGAGGUAUACUGGGUCCAAAAGUCCAGGACCUUCACGUCGAAGCAAAUCACCUGCCUCAGUAAAGAGGGGUGGCCACUACUCCAGUGCUUACUCUUCAGCAAAAUCCCCAGUUAAUGGAACCCCAAGCAGUCAAUUAUCCACCCCAAAAUCUACAAAGUCCUCCAGUUCUUCACCAACAAGCCCAGGCAGCUUUCGUGGACUUAAGAUCUCUCCACAUGGUGGAUCUUCGUCCAAUGUGAAUGGUGUUCCUGAAUCACUCCAUUGCCAGAGUCCUGAAGGUCUGAAUGGAAACAAGUGCUUAGGGUCAUCUACCAUUCUUGAGAAGUAUAAAGUGGGGAAGGUGAUCGGUGAUGGCAAUUUUGCUGUUGUAAAGGAGUGCGUAGAACGAUCCACAGGAAAGGAGUUUGCACUGAAGAUCAUAGACAAGGCUAAAUGCUGUGGAAAGGAACACCUGAUCGAAAAUGAAGUGUCUAUUCUGCGGCGAGUGAAGCAUCCAAAUAUCAUUAUGCUUAUAGAGGAAAUGGACACCCCAGCAGAACUCUAUCUGGUGAUGGAGCUGGUCAAGGGAGGAGAUUUAUUUGAUGCUAUCACUUCUUCUACGAAAUACACAGAGCGAGAUGGGAGUGCAAUGGUCUACAACCUAGCCAGUGCGCUCAGGUACCUUCAUAGUCUCAGCAUUGUGCACAGAGACAUCAAGCCAGAAAAUCUCCUGGUAUGUGAAUAUUCAGAUGGAACCAAGUCUUUGAAGCUAGGAGACUUUGGACUGGCAACUGUGGUUGAAGGACCUUUAUAUACCGUCUGUGGUACACCCACAUAUGUGGCUCCAGAAAUCAUUGCGGAGACAGGGUACGGCUUAAAGGUGGAUAUUUGGGCUGCAGGCGUGAUCACAUACAUACUGUUAUGUGGAUUUCCACCUUUUCGCAGUGAAAACAACCUUCAGGAGGACCUCUUUGAUCAGAUUCUUGUUGGGAAGCUGGAAUUUCCUUCUCCCUAUUGGGAUAACAUCACUGAUUCAGCAAAGGAGUUAAUUAGCCUGAUGUUACAUGUGAAUGCUGAAGCCCGAUAUACAGCAGCACAGAUAUUAAGCCAUCCCUGGGUGUCAGAUGAUGCUUCCCAGGAGAAUAAUAUGCAAGCUGAGGUAACAGGUAAACUGAAGCAGCACUUUAAUAACACCCUACCCAAGCAAAAUAACACAUCUGCUGGGGUUUCUGUCAUCAUGAACACAGCUCUAGAUAAAGAGAGUCAGAUUUUCUGCAGCAAGCACUGUCAGGACUCUGGUAGAGCUGGAAUGGAGAAAACUUCUGCGAUUACUGCUGCAGCUGACGAUCCUCCUGUGGCUGGGUCCAACACCCCCUUCCCUGCUGCUUCUGAGCCACUCAGCUCCCCCACACUCCCCGCCUCCGUAUCUCCCACCUUCGCUGGGGAUCAGCCUGGUGCAUAGGAUUGACAAAACCAAACCCAACUGAAGCUCCCUGCGCUCUCGCCACAGUUUCUCAUCAUUUCACGUGCCAGCUUGUUUUUGGUUUGUGUGCACCCUCGCCUGGCAAGCCCGAGGCAGGCUCUGUCAUGGGAGACUGAUCUAAUAGUGGGUGAGUGAACGUGCGUCUUGAGUGCUCUUCGCCCUUGUCUUGAGAACAGCAGUAGGGGAAAGACUCUGGCAAUGUUAGACGAUUCCUAAGUUAUCUGUGUUAGUUUAAUUGACUGCAUUUCACACAGCCUUGGGCUCCAAACAGACUAACGUAUGGUG